AUGGCAAUCGACUUGAACGUUCAUGAGCUUCUAGUUAUUGGAGACUCAGACUUACUGAUUCAUCAAGUUCAAGGAAAAUGGGCCGUGAAAAAUCCAAAAAUCACACCGUAUGUGCAGUAUAUACAAAAAUUGUGCAAGAGAUUUCGCAAGAUUGAGUUCAGACAUACUCCCAGAACACAGAAUGAGUUGGCCGAUGCUCUUGCCACUAUUGCCUCAAUGAUCAAACAUCCGGAUACAAGUUAUAUUGAUCCCUUGGAUAUAGAGGUAAAAGAGCAGUCUGUCUAUUGUUCCCAUGUUGAAGCGGAGCCAGAUGAUUUGCCUUGGUAUUUCGACAUCAAGAAGUAUUUAGAGGACGGGACUUAUCCUGAGAAUGCAACGCUCAACCAAAAGAAAUCGAUACGCCGUAUGGCCCUCAAUUUUUUUGCAAGUGGGGAAAUCCUUUACAGGAGGAUUCCAGAUUUAGGUCUUCUCAGAUGCGUUGAUGCUAAUGAAGCUGCGAAGCUUCUGGAACAGAUAUAUGCCGGAGUUUGUGGUACUCACAUGAAUGGGCUCACUUUGGCGAGGAAGGUCCUUCGAGCCGGUUGGGGAAUGGAUGUCAUUGAUCCAAUAGAAACGACUGUCAGAACAUCAGUCGAAGCAACUCCAUAUUUGUUGGUGUAUGGGACAAAAGCAGUUAUACCUGCCGAAGUUGAAAUACCUUCAUUGAGAAUCAUCCAAGAAGCUGAAUUAAGUGAUGUUGAAUGGAUUCGCAAGCAGAUUGACCAGCUAACAUUGAUUGACGAGAAGAGAAUGGUUGCCGUUUGUCAUGGUCAACUAUAUCGACAGAGAAUGAAUCGUGCUUUUCACAAGAAAGUAAUAUCUAGGACAUUUGAAGUUGGUCAGUUAGUUCUUAAGCGCAUUUUCCCUCAUCGGGAUGAAUAUAAAGGGAAAUUAGCACCAAAUUGGCAAGGACCCUACAUGGUUCACAAAGUGUUAUCCGGAGGUGCCCUAGUCCUGUCGGAGAUGGAUGGCACUGAAUAG